GCAGGAUGAAGAACRUCUCUUCACACCAACACUUCUUCUUGGUUGGGUUUGAAGAACUCGGAGCACUGAGGCCCGUCCUCUUCCUCCCGUUCUUCCUCAUGUUCCUGGUGGCGCUGGCGGCCAACUCCCUGCUGGUCUACGUCGUCUUCUCACACAGAAGCCUUCAUCAACCAAUGAGCAUCCUCAUCGCCGGCAUGGCCUGCGUUGAACUCUGUCUCCCAGUAUUCUUCGUCCCCAACAUGCUGCUGAACUUCCUGUUUGACUGGAAGGGGAUCUCUCUGAUUGGCUGUUUGACUCAGAUGYAUUUCAUUCACUUUUUCGGAGCUUUUCAGWCCACGUUCCUGGUCUGGAUGGCUCUGGAUCGCUACUUUGCCAUCUGCACCCCUCUGUACUACCAUGAAGUCAUGGCUCUGCAGAGGUUUCUGAAGUUUAUCCUGCCUCUUGUUGUCAGAAACGUGCUUCUCAUCACUCUGUUUGUGAGUUUAGCAGGAAACCUCUGGUUCUGCUCAGAYAGAAUCAAUCAUUGUUUCUGUGAGCACAUGGCCCUGGUGGAGCUGGCCUGUGGAAGCACCACCAUCAACAGCAUUGUUGGUUUGAUAUCAAUAUUCUUUAUUCCUGUUUUUGACUUUUUAGUUUUCACUGCCUCUUAUGUGGGAAUAAUCAUCUCUGUACUGAAGUCCAAGAAGUCMGGCAUCAAAGCGCUUCACACCUGCCUCACACAUGUAAUUGUGAUCAGUGUCAGUUUGAUCAUCGCACUGAUUGCUUUCCUCUCGUAUCGGAUUAGAAACGGCCUCCCUCCAGCAGGUCGGGUCUUCUUCAGCACCAUGUACCUGCUGUUCCCAAGCUGUUUCAACCCAAUCAUCUACGGCAUCAGAACCACAGAGAUCAGACAGAACAUGGUAAAGACUCUGACACACUGGACUCACUUCAUCCAAAGUUCUACUUUUAACAGUUGAACUAAAACCUCUCAUGUAAAAUACUGAAAUGCACAGCGAUGGGGGUAAUAUUURAAAAAAUGGAACUU